UCCACAGUAUUCUGGACAUCUGUGUUGGUGAAUCUUUUGCAAUUUGUUUAAUGAACAAUGGAGACUGCAAAGAAGAACGUUGUAGGUGGGAUCGAUCGGUGUCUUAGCGGCUAAGUACAAUACUGUAAUAUCUGUGAUAUUUGCAUUAGUGUACUGUGUCUUUAAGGGUUUGGGGAACGCGCAUGCGCGAGUGAGUUGGCGGAGAACUUGAGUGUGUGUGAGCGUGAGUUUUGGCUAACAGCAGCUCGUGUAUGUGUGUGUGUUACUUUUUGAACUACAACCAGUUACUGCUUGUUAAUAAAGCGAUUGAGCAGCGCAUCCUCGUCUGUGUGACUCCUUCUCCACUGCGGGGCAUUACAAUACUUACAGCAACACAACAAGGACUACUUACCCUGACGCCUAGCCGAUGCUUGCCGCCAAACCCACGGAUGAAGUCCUUCGUCGCGCCGAUGAUCGCUGGAACGCAGAGGAGGAAAAUGUCUCCUGAGAGACUUGACAUGAAGUGAUGGAGAAAGGAAGAAAGGGAAGCGGACAACAAUGGAGGGAAUAUGUUUAUCUUUCCUUUGGACAUUCUUCCUGCACCUCACUUGCUACUGUGCUGCAGAGGAAGGUCUGGAGUUUCCAAACUUUGACGGCAAGGACAGAGUGUUGGAAAUGAACGAGCGCAGCUACAAGAAGGCUUUGAGGAGAUUUGAACUUCUGUGUGUGUUCUACCAUGAACCACUUCCUGCUAACAAGGGCCUGCAGAAGCAAUUCCAGAUGACCGAGCUGGUCCUGGAGCUGACUGCUCAGGUCCUGGAGGACAAAGACAUCGGUUUUGGAAUGGUGGACUCGCAGAAGGAUGCCAAAGUUGCCAAGAAGCUGGGUUUGGAAGAGGUGGGCAGUCUGUACGUUUUUAAGGACGACCGAAUCAUCGAGUUUGACGGACAGCUCUCAGCAGACACUCUUGUAGAGUUUCUCUUGGAUGUGCUGGAGGAACCAGUGGAACAAAUCAACAAUGCGAUGGAGCUGCGAGCCUUCGAAAGGAUGGAAGAAGACAUUCGCCUCAUUGGUUACUUUAAAGGAGAGGAUUUAUACUACAAAGCUUUCCAAGAGGCGUCAGAACGUUUUCAGCCUUACAUCAAGUUCUUUGCAGUAUUUGAUAAAUCUGUGGCCAAACAUCUCUCGCUCAAGAUGAACGAGGUACAUUUCUACGAACCUUUCAUGGAGGAACCGGUGGUCAUGCCUGGCAGACCUCUGUCAGAGAUGGACAUUGUGGACUUUGUCAACCAACACCGGAGAGCGACUCUGAGGAAGCUGCAGGCAGAAAACAUGUUUGAGACUUGGGAGGACGACAUGGACGGAAUACAUAUUGUUGCGUUUGCCGAGGAGGAGGAUCCAGAUGGAUAUGAGUUCCUGGAAAUCUUAAAAGACGUGGCCAGAGACAACACCAACAACCCAGAUCUCAGUAUUGUCUGGAUCGAUCCUGAUGACUUCCCUCUGCUCACCACGUACUGGGAAAAAACCUUCAAGUUGGACUUGUUCAGUCCUCAGAUUGGUGUGGUCAACGUCACAGAUGCGGACAGCGUGUGGUUGGACAUGUCCAACGACGAGGACCUGCCCACUGCCGAGGAGCUUGAGGACUGGAUUGAGGAUGUUCUCUCCGGCAGAAUAAACACAGAGGAUGAUGAUGAGUCUGCUGAUGACCAUGGAGACUUCUACAGCCACCUGACAGAAGACAAUGACGACAACCAUGAUGAUGAUGAUGAUGAUGAUGAUGACUAUUAGGUCUUCCAAACCUUCUUCAUCAUGUUGGUCGCCACAAGAAACAUUUUACUGCACAUGCUAGGAUCUUUAUGGCUGCUUUUUUCAUCUCUUUUAGAUUCAAAGUAAAAAAAGAAAUGCAUGACGUUUUUUUAUUAAUAAGUAUAAUGAUUGUUGAUACAUCGCUAGUAGUACUGCAGUACGCAGGUAGCAUGUACAGUACAGGCCGAAAGUUUGGACACACCUUCUCAUUCAAUGUGUUUUCUUUACUUU